CGCAGCCGGGCCGAGCCGGCGGCCGAGGGCGCCGCGCCGCCCCCUUCCCGCGAGGAGGCGCCGCAGCGCGCUGACGCCACUGUCGACUUCCCGCUGAGGCUGGAUCAGCGUGUGGCGCCGUACAGCACCCCGGUAGACCUAGCCAGCGUGGCACGCAGCGUGAGCACCCUGCUCUGCAGCUCCAACAGCCAGGCGGCCAGCUACACGGCUGAAGAAGUGCGCGACAUGCCGGCCGGCGAGCCGCUGACCGGGUCACGUCGGACUCAGCCACCCGACAGCGGCGGCCCGGCCGGCCCGGCAGGCGGCGCCGGCCCCGGCCUGGCCAACGGUCAGCGACACGGUUCGGCCACCACGCAAGCCGUCGGCCGCGCUCGCAAGCACAAGAAAAAGGAGGAGCCGCAGGUGCUGACGGAGACGGUGGACGGCUACCGGGGCAACGACGACUUCGACACACUGAUGGGCUUCAUCGAGUCCAGCGACAAGAAAGACAAGAACGGCAAAAAGUCGGACAAGAGCGGCAAGAAGGAGACCAAGGGCCGCAAGAACGGCGUGCGCGGUGAGGAGGACCGCAGCGAUGGCUUCGUGCAGGACUUCUACAGCGUCACCACCGACUCGAACGCCAUCGAGGAGACCGAGUUUCACGUGGAGAGCCAGCCGGCGGCGGUGCCGGGGCGGAUGCGUGACGCCGAGACGUCCACCGACUUUAUAGACGGCGUGGGCCCGAUCUUCGGCGAGCGGUCGUCGCCCAAGGGCCGCCGGCUGACGGUCUGA